AAGACGUGAUCUUUCCUAAGUCCCAACUAAGGCUUCGGUGACCAAGACUGUCCUGCAACCAUUUCCUCACCAUCCCACCUGUCUUCCUCUUUAAUUCUGUAAACGUGGCAGUAGCAGUAUCUGAUUGGGAUUUGGGUAGAUGCAGAAAGAGUUAAAUACAACCUGAUCACAAUUCACAAUUCAUACCUACUGCGUGCGCCUUGUGCUUGUCCCUGCUAAACGGCUCUGGAAGAAGUGGUGCAUAGACGGAGAGAGGGAUGGGGAGGAGGAGGAAUUCGUCUGUGAAUGUCCUGUUUGGAUGGGUGAGGAGGCAGUCCAUGAAAGUGAAGGCCUUCCUGGCGGUCACGUCAGUGUUGUCCUCUCUGUUGGCUCUCAAGUUUCUCGUCAAAGAUCGCAACCACUUCUUUGUUGCCUCUGAAGCCAUUCAUGUUGUUGGGAUUAUGGUCUUGAUUUACAAGCUGACCACUCAGAAGACCUGUUCUGGCCUUUCAUUGAAGACUCAAGAGCUAACAGCUAUGUUCUUAGCUGUAAGAUUAUACUGUAGUUUUGUCAUGGAGGGUGACAUUCACACAAUCCUUGAUCUUGCUACACUUAUAUCGACUUUAUGGGUUAUCUACAUGAUAAGGUUCAAGUUGAAGUCAACCUACAUCAAGGAGCUGGACAACUUUCCCAUAUAUUAUUACGUGGUGCUGCCUUCUGCCAUCCUUGCCAUACUUGUUCAUCCUUAUACACAACAUUCAAUGAUAAGUCGAAUUUGUUGGGCAUUUUGUGUCUAUUUGGAAUCUGUUUCUGUGCUGCCUCAACUUCGGCUGAUGCAGAAUGCCAAGAUGGUUGAACCAUUUACAGCCCAUUAUGUAUUUGCAUUGGGUGUUGCAAGAUUCUUGGGAUGCGCUCAUUGGUUCAUUCAGGUUUAUGAGAUUGGUGGGAAGUAUCUAUACCUGAUAGGAAGCGGAUUCUUGUGGCUACCAAUGAUUCUACUUGCAGAAGUAGUUCAAACAUUCAUCUUGGCCGAUUUCUGCUACUAUUACAUCAAGAGUGUCAUGGACGGCCAACUUGUAAUGACUCUGUCUUCUCCAGUCUAGAAUUAUGGCUCCAAGCUUGGAAGGUGUAACCAUACACAUCUUGUUUUACAUAUAAAAGAUAUAUUUACUUCUAAUUUUAAGAAUUUGGUGGUUUCAAGUCUUACUUGUCCCCAUAAUUUUAUAGUUAAUGAGAAAAUUAACUCUGCAAUUGGAUCAAUGACGUUCAUUAUUGCUAUU